GAUCUGAGGAGGCAAUGUGUUUAGAUCUAACCGUUCCAGGCCUUUAUCUCCAGUGGACAUACACAUGAUGAUGGCUGCUUCAUUGACUAACUGGGUGGAUAUGGAUGGAUGAAGCUUGAAUUCACCUUUUGCACCAUAACCCGUGAGACCUGAGAGCUGGUAACAGUGUGCUGAGGACAAGGAAGCAUCUAGGACCUUAGUGAAUGGCAGGACCAAAGGUAGACCUCCUUAAUCAAUGAGAUUUAAGGAUUGGGAAAGAAAAAGGGAUGACCGAGAAGGAAAUCGGAUGAAUUGUAUUCAAUUCAGGCCUUAUACAGCCAAAGUGGUGGCAGGAGGGAGCUGAGGAAUGUGAUAAAGAAUGUGCUAGUGGAUUUGCACUAAGAAAAAAUGGCAAUUUAUUCUUGAAUUGAAAAGAAUCACAGGGAAGAACUGAAGAUGUCCAAGAAGGGGCGUGGGAAGGCUGAAAAGCCUGAAGCCUUUAUAGCUGCCUUACAGGCUGCUAAUGAGGAUCUUAGGACUAAACUGACUGAUAUACAAAUUGAGCUUCAUCAAGAGAAAUGUAAGGUUAAUAAGCUUGAACGAGAAAAAGUCCAAGAGGUAAAACGUAUACGAGAACAAGAGCAGCACAAGCACACAGCAACCGUCACAGAGUUGAAAAGCAAACUACAUGAGGAUAAAAUGAAAGAAUUGCAGUCUGUUCGAGAGACAUUGAUAAAGCAACAUGACCAGGAACUGGCUCGUACGAUCAAAAUCAAAGACCAUGAGAUUCAGCGAUUAAAGUCACUUGUGAAUGCACUGCGAGAUGGCAGCAGUGACAAAGUAAGAACAGCGUUGUUUAAUGAAGCCCGAGACGAGGCACGGAAAACAUUUGAUUCUGAGCGCCUUAAACUGUUGCAAGAACUAAGUGAACUAAAAUCAGCCAAGAAACAAGUGGAAGAGUCACUGAACAAUAUGAUUCAAUCUGAUAAGAUAAAAGCUGGAAACUUGAGGAGCGAGCACCAGUCCCAUCAAGAGGCUAUUGUCAAAAUCAAAUGGGAGUCUGAGAAAGAAAUCCGAAGGCUGAUGGAUGAGAUUAAAGCUAAAGAUCGAACUAUCUUUUCUCUGGAAAAGGAGCUAGAGGUGCAAACAGGUUACACACAGAAGCUUCAACUCCAGAAGGAGGCUCUCGAUGAGCAACUGUUCCUGGUAAAGGAAGCAGAAUGCAACAUGGGAAUGAGCAGCCCUAAACGGGAGAUCCCGGGCACGGAUCGCCCAGGCAGUCCGGACCUACGGAGAAACCAGCGCAAGAUUGCAGACCUUAACUCAAUAAUUCGGAAGCUAGAGGACAGAAAUACAUUGCUGGUAGAUGAAAGGAAUGAAUUGCUGAAGCGAAUUCGUGAAGCCGAGAAACAAUAUAAACCCCUGCUGGAGAAGAACAAGUGCCUGUCUAAGAGAAACGAUGAUUUAACUCAGUCUUUACAACGCAUGGAGGAGAAACUCAAAGUACUCACCAGAGAAAAUGCAGAAAUGAAAGAGAAAAUCAGUUGUCAUCCACCUCUGAAGAAAUUACGUUCCUUAAAUGAUCUUGACCAAGCUCAUGAAGAACAGGAAGUAGAAUUUUUAAAGCUUCAAGUUCUUGAACAGCAGAACAUCAUUGAUGACUUGACUAGGGAUCGAGAACGACUGCUUCGUCGCAAGAGACACAAACGAAGUUCAAAGCAUAUGAAGCCACAGAGACAUGUGGUAGAAACGUGUUUUGGAUUUGAUGAAGAAUCAAUGGAUUCGGAAACAUCCUCCUUGGCUUCCUACAGAACAGACAGGACACCAGCAACACCAGAGGAUGAUUUGAAUGAAAGUCUGGCAGCUGAAGAAUCUGAGCUCCGUUUCAGACAAUUAACGAGGGAAUAUCAAGCACUCCAGAGGGCUUAUGCACUACUUCAGGAGCAGACGGGAGGUAUCCUAGACGCAGAACGGGAGGCAAAGGCUCAUGAACAAUUACAAGCAGAAGUUCUCAGGUAUAAAGCUAAAAUUGAUGACCUUGAGAAAGCCUUGGCCCAGAAAGGACAGGAUUCAAAAUGGGUUGAAGAAAAGCAACUAUUUAUGAAAAGAAAUCAGGAACUUUUGGAAAAGAUUGAGAAAUUGGAUGCAGAAGUAGCCCAGCUGCAACAGGAAGUUCAGGAUUCUCGGGAUCAGAAUGAGUUGUUAGAAUUCCGCAUCCUGGAACUCGAGGAGAGGGAAAGAAGGUCGCCUGCCUUUAAUCUCCAGAUUACACCUUUCUCAGAUGGUGUGAGUGCUCUUCAGAUCUACUGUAUGCAGGAAGGUGUAAAGGAUGUCUCCAUUCAUGACCUCAUUAAACAGCUGGACAUACUAGGAGAUAAUGGGAAUCUAAGAAAUGAAGAGCAAGUAGCAAUUAUCCAGGCGAGCACUGUGCUGUCUUUGGCAGAGAAGUGGCUACAACAGAUUGAAGGUACUGAGGCUGCACUACACCAGAAGAUGAUAGACUUGGAAAUUGAGAUGGAUAUGUUUUGCAAACAAAAAGGUUACCUGGAGGAAGAGCUAGACUAUAGGAAACAGGCCCUGGAUCAAGCAUACAUGCAUAUCCAAGAGCUGGAGGCCACUCUGUACAAUGCAUUACAGCAGGACACAGUCAUAAAGCUCGGUGAGUCUCUGACCGAGAAGCAGAAGGAUGACUUGCGAACUGCUGUGGAGAAAUUGAGACGUCAGAUGCUAAGGAAGAGCAGGGAAUAUGACUGCCAAAUCCUGCAGGAGAGAAUGGAACUCCUGCAACAAGCACAUCAGAGAAUACGAGAUCUGGAGGAUAAAACUGAUGUUCAGAAACGGCAAAUCAAAGAUCUAGAGGAAAAGGGUGCUGAAUGGUUAAAAUGCUUCCAGGUCAGUGAAGAGUUGAUCUUGAAUCAUCCUAUAGCUGACACUAACGGAAGUGAAGGAAAGCAGCCAAGAUUAUGCCUGAAGUCGUCUGCCUUCUUUGCCAGAACCACUACCCAAGAUUUAUUUUGCUCGACUCUCCCUACUGAAGAAAGUUGCAAGCUACAGUACCUGCUGCAUUUAACUGCAACUGCAAUGCAACUCAAGAGUAUUUUGAAGCAAAAUAAUACCACAUUAAUGGCAAUGAUACACUAAAAGAAGUGUCUUAGACAUAGAACCAAAGUGAAGAAAAACAGCUUAUCCCUGCUGUGCAGGGGGACAUUAAGAUAUCAAACUAUCACUGCGUUCAGGACUAAAGGGUGGAAAAAUCACAAAGGGGAAUAACUUAAGAUUACAAAUUUGUAAUCAGAUUUCUCAGCGGAAAAACCUACUAGCAGUGAUGAAGAGCAGAACUGAAACCAUACAGGGUUAAAGAACAUCAUAUAGAUUUACAGGGAUUCUAUUUAUUUCUUCAGCAAUGGUAUCACUGUUGAAGGCAUUUCUUGACCUUGGAAAAUGUAAUACCUGUUUAGAAAGAAAGGAAGACUGCGUGAAACUUGGGGAUUAAACCUCUGAGGAGAAGCUAAGUCGUUCAUCAGGAGAAGCAUGCCUGAAGACUCAGACGUUGAGGAGCUGUGGUAACAUUUGUGUGGACGUUGUGUAAGUUUAUGAUGAUUCAAGAUCUGUCAAUCUAAGUCCUUCUCUCAUAGCUGUGAAUAUAUUAACUCAUUCAUCAUUACUUGUUACCAACUCUCAAACAAAGUUGGGCUUGACAGCCAAACUGACUAUCCAUGGUAAAAUAGUGCAGUAUGCUUUUCAUUAAUUACAGUGGGCUCAAAAGGUAAGUUGCCAAGGUCCUCAUGGUUUUCUUCCAAUUGAGUUGCUUCCUUUCUCAUAUUUCUGAAGAAUAUAUGUUUACACUGCAGAGAACUUUCUGCAUCACGGUUAUGGUUAUGGUUAGCGGAGAGCAUACAUAUCACCUAGAGCUACUUCUGCUGUUGUGUAAACUUGUUUAGAAUUGCACAUGAAGAGCUUACAAUUAGGUGAAAAGUAAAUUAAUUCUACUUUGAUCUUCCAAUACAUGCUCUGAUUCCUCAGAGUUUUUUUCUCUCUCAUAAUUAUGAUCCCUAUUAAUUUAGGCUACUUGAUUUGCUGCAGUUUCGGUUUUACAUUUCUUAUAGUGUGGAAAAAAUAUCUAGUUCAGGAAGCAGAGAUCCUGAGUAAAUGCCACCCAUGUAUAUUUUGUCAUAAGGGUGGCAUUUGCACAUGAAUUGAACAGUUUGGUAAGGUAUAAUUUCUGGAUGUUGGGAAGAAAAGCUGUCAUAAUAACUGAGUUGGCUUGAGCAUGUGGAGAACGGGAUAUUAAGAACAGGUGAAUGACAGAAGAAAACCAUAGAAAUGGUUAAAGUUAUACUUAAUUGGAGGAAGAAAGUGUAGUGCAAUGAAAGAAAUGACUUUGUCACUAAUUUAUUUGAGGGCACAGUAAUUGUGGAAAUGAAAGGCAUGCUUUAUAGAGCAGUUCUGGACCUUAUUGAUAGGGGAAACCUCCUUUCUCUCUGGAUCUGUUUAUUGCACUGAGCUCCUCCUUUUCAUUUAGAGAUUUUCUUUCUUGAGUCUUGGUUUCUUGGUGCUUAUUGUAUUUCUAAUCUCCUUCCAGCCUGCUUUGAUUUGCUUUUGUAUUUUCUGUUUUCUUAUCUUACUAAGGGCUGUUGACUACAACUAGUUCAGUUAAUAGCGAACCAGGCCUUAAAUCAAAGUAUUUCUUGAGCACAACAAGAUUGAAUUGCAUGAAAUGGGAGUGAAACAUUUGGUACAGACCUUGGCUAUGCUUAUGUGCAUGCCCAGACUCUGAGAACUGCCUGGGGUUAAGCAACCAAUUGUAACUUACUCAUCAACACCACCAUAUCUAAAUCCUCGUGAUGGUAGAGAGUUCCACUGUAGCCUCCUGGCAUUGGGAAAGAAAAAAAAGUAAGGCUACUCAGGUCUGAAAAUUUACAUCAGCAUGCAAAGGUUAAGUCUUUUUUAAAAUCUCUACUUUUGUCUCCAGACAACUUCAAGAUAUAUAAUGAUGAGCAAUGCCAUAGAUGGUCCUAGAUUCCCAGCUGACUUAAUCUCUUGGUGGUGGCAAUACCAGAGCAUCCAUAUUCCUGCAGUAACAGAACUUUAGAGUAUACCGUCUGUCUGUUCUCAAAUUGCCAGAGAAGGUGUGAGAAGGCUGACAUAAAUUUGAUCAACAAUCUUGCUAGUGUAGAGGAUGGAGAUAGUUAGUUUGCUAAUAUUUUGCUCAUAAAACAGUAUAUAGCCCAUGCAAUGUGCAUCAGUAUUGUGAAAGGAAAAAUCAAGCGUGACACGUAUAUUUGCACUCUAGCAGAAAGGUGGAGAGGGGGACUGUUCCUACAUCAAAGUUUAUACAAAGUGGUUCCGCACAAAACCAGUGGAAAGAAAAACUUACAUUUAUAUAGACCUUUGCCAAAGUGCUUUAUAACUGUUGGAAUACUUUUGAACUGUGGUCACUGUUGUGAUGUAGAGAAACAUGGCAGCCAAUUUGCACACAGCAAGAUCUCACAAACAGCAGUGAGAUAAUAACCAGAUAACCUCUUUUAGUGUUGUUGCUUGAGGGAUAAAUAUUGGCCAGGAUGUUGGGGAGAUCUUGCUUUCUUUUCUUUGAAUAGUACAAUAUUCUCCUGAGAAGGCAGAUGGGGUCUUGGUUAAUGUCUCAUCCAAUAGAUGGCACCUUUACAGUGCAGCAAUUUCUGGUGAUUUCAGGACAUUAUUUGAUGAAGAACGGGGGAGUUCUUCUGACAUGCUGACCAACAUUUGUCCCUCAACCAAUAUCUAGGGCAGACCAUCUGGCCAUUAUCUCAUCGCUGCCUGUGGGAGCAUGUUCUGUGCAAAUUGGUUGCUGUGUUUUCAGUAUUACAACAGUGAAUCCACUUCACUAAGUAUUUCGUUGGUUGGAAAUUGCAUUGGCACAUCCUGAGGUUGUGAAAGGUGCUACAAAAAUGCAAGUUCUUUCUAUUACAAGUAACCUGCAUUGGUUUUAUCUUCUAGUGGUGCACUGCUUAAAUAUUUUAAUUUUGGAAUUGAUAGUUUUACUGUACAAUGUCAAUAGAAAAAGGAUACCUGAGAUGAAGCAAAAAGGCUGAAUGUAUGAGAGAUACAAUUAAAGAAGUUGUUUUAAUUUUGUACAACUGACGGCAGCCAAUAGCAACAUACCUGAUGAUCCAGGGUAUUAUUCGAAGAAGAAAAGCGCAGAAUAAAUAUCAUCAUGACACUAAAGGAAUUGCAUGUUUUCAUUUUUUUGAAUAUUUUCAUUUAUUAAUAAUAAAAAAUAUUGGAGAUGAGAAAGUAGGCCUUUGACUAGAUGGCAUGGUUAGAGGCAGGAUGGUAUCUGAUGAAACUUCCAGGAGCCUCCAGCCAAGGUUGGCAACCUUAGAUGAACUGCAUGAGGAAUAAAUGGUAGAAAACUUGAAAAGAAAGGAAGUUUUAGAUUUCUUCCUUCAAAUGUCUCACUGCCACACCUUGGAGUUAAAUCUCAGCCCCAAAAACUGUUAGCAACUGAAUCUGAGCCUUCAGACUUUGUUACUGUCCUUCCUCCCCACAACAGGUACUUCCAGUAAUGACUGAGUUAGUACAUUCAGCAGGAGUUGGGUGAAUGAUAAAAACUUGAAUUAAGACAUUAUUUUGCAAAACUCAAUUAAGUAAUUAAAAUGAUAGCUUGCAGAAACUCUACCACAGAUCUCUUGAAUAAUAUCCGAGGGGUCUGCGAUCAGAUGUAACAAAAUGUAUUAAUGUGUAGAGGAAUAUUAAUGCCAUGUUAUGUUUAUGAACGGUUAUUUUUUUAAUUUAUUAUCAGGACACUAUUUAAACAAGUAUUUAGUUGGAGUUUGUAUA